CCGCCGCACAUCCACAUCGACAACCACGCCCGCGCAUUCCUACGGAUCCUAUCGACACACGCGCAUUCAAACCCUGACGACUCACCAUGGUGACGCGGUUAUAGCCUCAACGAGAGGGAAGAGAUCCCACGUCACGAUCUGCGACAGCUUCGCCUGCGCAGGUACUGCGCAAGCACACUCUCCACUCCAUCACAACCGAUCCGAGUGACCAGACCGUGCAAGCCUGCAUCUUCCACAGCGCGGUUGUGGCCAGCAGAACCGCACAAAGGAAACACGAAAAGCAAGCUCUGCGGGUCGUGCACCGCGCACGUCCUGGCCUCCGCCGUGUAUCUGCACGCUGUCUCCCCAAUCGCAUCGACGUCCCCACUUGCCUCCCUCGCUACCUAGAACCGUCCGCACGCUCUUGCACUCCCGUCGGCUCCUUCCACGCAUCUCUGCGCUCGCACCUUCCUCGUCAAACCCUCUGCUCGCACAGCCAUUCACACACAUUUCCACGUCAUGGACCGGAUACGUUUCAGCGGCUUGAUGCCGAACACGACGAUACAGAACCAGCCCACGUCGACGGCGGACUCGCCUAGCGACGAGCCCAUGGCAGAGGCGGACGAGCCUCCGGAUGAAAGACAGCGCCAGCUGCAGCAUGAAGAGACCGUGCCUGCUACCGAAUUCAAGAAGGUGCCGUGCACCCUUCUUCGGAAGCAGUCGCUCCUCACGCAGACCUUCCACACGUCCGAGAGCGAGUCUCAGGUCGACGAUGAGCCGCUCUUCUCGAACUCGACGCGUGCUCACUCGAGCGCAUCGACGUGGAGCCGCGGAAGCGUCGCCUCCACCGCCGAGUUGACCAGCGACGAGCACACAAGCCCCGCGCGGACCGGGUCUCCGAGCCCCCCGCUGCCGCCGGCCACCUUCAAGGGCUUGCCGCCAAUUUUCAACCAGAAGCCGUUCGAGGCUACCGCGCCGUCUACCGUCAAGGUUGUGCAGGAGUCCAUAGACCCGCUGCGCACCUCGACGCCUGCCUCGACAAACGAGGAGGCUGUUGAGAAGGGCCUCGGUCGGAAGAGAUGCAUCAUGUUUGCGUGCGGAGGCAAGACGACGCCGCCAUCCGCACAAACGCUGCCCAAACCGGAGGACGAGCCACCCAAGCAAGAUCAGCCCAAGUCCGAAGGCCCGCCAACGCGGAGACCGUGCGCCCUCAAAUUCGUGUGUCCUUCCAGGGCCAACGUCACGCCUACGACGGCCGAUAAGCCGCACAUCCGUCUGGCAAGCCCGCCUCCACCUGUGCGACGCAUGCCCGCGUCGCCGAAGCCGUCGUCCCCCAAGAUGUCGCGCAGCCACCGCAGCUCGGACUCAACCGUGCGCAACGAUUCUCCAAAGUCGGUUCGGAAAGUGCCUUCGGUUCUUCGAACUCGCAAGUCGAGCAGUGUUGCCGAAGUACCCAUGUCCGAAGCAACCCGCUUCCACGAGUUUGCCAGCUCGGAGGAGGAACGUGACGACUGGACUCAGGAGGUUUCGUGUCAUCGCCAUCGACUCACCGUCCAGGACACGUUGAAGGUCGAAAACAAGCUCCGCCACGUUUGUGAAGAGGCCGAGGACGAGGCGAUGGAGGAAGAAGAGGACGAAGAGGACGGCCUUGAUGCGAUUGACGACGAAGAGGACCUUGACGACGAGGACGACGACGAUGACAACCAAUCACUGGUCGACUCCACUGGCUACGUAACAGACGAGGGAUUCCACACGGAUGACGAAGAGGGCUUUGCCAAUUCGGACGAGGAGAGCGACGCCGGCUCGGACUACGAAUGGUGGGCACCUCGCAACAGCGGCCAGCAGCUUGAGCACAUCCGACCGGCGACUCGUCGCAGCGAGUCGGGCUCGUCGAUUGGCUCCUUCAGCAGCACACGAGUCUUCCCAUCCAAGACGCCAAAGGCCCUCAAAAAGAGCAAGACCAAUCCGAUCGAGUUCCGACCUCGCACGCCAGAACUACCCGACAGCACCGACUUCGUAUGUGGCACACUCGACGAGGACAAACCGUUGGAGGAGGCGUGGCUCUCAUGUCGCAACCAGCGUCGUGCCGCCAACCACAGACCCUGCCCACAAGACAUCGACCCGACCUUCCCGACCUCGGAUCCUGAGCUGGACGAGGAGGACGAGGCCGGCUACGAGGACGUCGUGCACCUGGACGAGAGUGACGGUCAUAGCCACUUUUUCGUGCACGGCCACCCCGAUCUCAUGUCCGACAUCGACGCGAGGGAACCCCGCAGCAGGGUCCCCAAGAAGCGCUCUCCAGCGGUCUCGCCCAAACGCCUGCGGUCUCCUCCGCCUAUCAAGCGAGCCGUGCUCCACUCGCCACCUCCACGUCGUCUCUUUGGCCACUCCCCAAAGCGCAUGCGCUCUCCACCUCCAAGACGCGUUCUGCGUUCUCCACCCCCCUCGCGUCGCACUUCAUUUACCAAUACGGCUCCAUACGACAUCAAUGCUACACCCGUGGCUCUCGCACAGCGGCCUCGCUUUGGCCGAGAAGCCUCAUCCCUCCCUCGCAAUGGACCAUUCCCUCUCCGCCGUGGCGACUACUUCAACUCUCCCAUGGCCAGCAAUUCAGACGAAGGUGAGGAGACCCAGACGGACGCCCUUCCUACGCGUGGAGCUAUCGACAUUGUCAAGGGUCUUGAAAAGAAGCGCCAGCGCCGUAAGGAGAAGCUGUAUGAGAAGCACUGUCGCAUGCGCAACAAGAGCAAAAACGCCGCCAAGGGACCCGUCCUUCUCCCAGGUAUGGGUGCAGAGAAGAUGAGGCAGAUGGGCGAAGGCCUGUGCAAAAUGAGAGGUCACGGCAUAAAGCGGGCCACGGAAAUGGAGAUGGUCUUUGGGCGACAGCAAGAGGAGGGAGGAACGCAUAUCCUCUCGUAUUGAUCCUGUGCGCCCAACAUCUCCCGUUUCCCUCUCAACUUCCAGAGACGAGGAGUCAAGAGUUUACGAAUUUUUCUUUUUAUGGUUUUCCCCCUUUGCUUUUAGCGGUUUUCUAUCUGGUUUGCGAUGCCACAUGAAGACAUGUGAGGGGUUCACCCAAAGCUACGAUGCACAAGAGACGGUGUCUGGCUGGUGGGAACUCUUGUUUUUUUUUUUUUUUUUUUUUUUUUGGAUCAUUCGCCAUCAUAAACACAAACAUAUUGGCGGCGGUAGUGGUCCAAUUCUACGAUACGUUUUUGUGUACCUUUUUUUUUAUUGACCCCUUGGGGUUCAGGACGAUGCCAAGGCUGUCACUCCCCCACCCCCCCCAAACUACCCUCCCCUUACCUGAUAUCAGGAAUUGUAAGGGCCUUUUGAUAUACCUCCUUAUUCUUUCUUAAAGACGACGACCGAGAAAGCAUAGCACAGCGAGCAUAUUUGCAUUAUUUUGCCUAUUCUCGUUCUUGAAAGAGCACAAACGAGCACGGUUGGUUCGGAGUGACGAACCUAGAGGGCGAGAUUUUGAUCACUUUCAGUACAGAUCUUCGUGUAUAUACCCCGAUGCCAUUUCGGUCUUCUUUGUACUGGCGCUUGCAUGCUUUUGCACGUCCAUGAUCGUCCUAUUCUUUGCUCUUCUUUCUUCAAUUUCCUAUCUGAUCCGAAGACAUGGUGGG